AUAGACAGUCUACUUGUGUAUUUUUGUAUUGUCAAGUUUAUUUGCGUGCUUAUAAAUAGGAAGAUAUAACUGUGAUUUAUGGAGAGAGUCAUUUGUAAUUUCGAUGUGAAUUAUAACUUUAGAUUUGAAUUGGAUCCCGCAGAUGACAGAAAGAAAAAUGUCAUGUUAUUUAAUUACCUUGGUCAUCUGCAGUAUGUUCUCAAAUGUUUCUGGGGUGUGUAUCUGUGCUCUAGUUGAUCCGGGGAUAGAUUACUGCAAUUUCAAUCCAGGAUUCUCUGCUGUAUUUAAAAUCAAAGGCAAUGGUACUGUUGACGGUUCUCAGUUAGCUUAUGAUGUUGAUAUACUUUACAAAUACGCUUUUAAGGCUCCAAGUGGAAAUGUGGAAACUGAUAGAUUGUAUACAUAUGCUGAUGUAGCUAACUGUGGAGUUCGCUUACGUCCAGAUAGUUUCUAUAUUAUCACAGGAUAUUUUGAAGUAAGACCUGACAAUCCUGCUAAAAUGAAAACGUCAGAGUGUCAAAUAUAUGACUACUACAAAGAAAACCCGAUUGAAAAUGGUGAUCCACCUUCGUGUGAGAGAUCUGAUGAAUAUGUUGAAAUUUCUAAUUGAUCAAAAUUAUAUCAAAACGGUAAAUUGUAAAUGUUUCUACCUUCAGAAAGAUAUGUUUAGAUGUUGUGAUUCCAAGACAUAAUGUUCUUUUGCCUU